GAAGAAUCAAUCUUGCGUGAAAGAGAAGCUCCCAGUGGACUAGACAGGCUGUUGGCAUUAUUGGCGUAUAAACUGUGUCUGUCUCCGUUUCAAUCGCAUUUAUUCUCUCCGCUCACGAUCAUGUCGGACGAACAAGACGCCCUCGAUGCACUGGAAAGAGAGGCCUCGGACUUUAUCAAGGAUGCUGAGAUUGACCGCAUCCGGAAGGCCUUCGUCCUAGACGCUUACGCUGUCCUUGACCUCCAACCUGGCGUGACCGAGUCAGAUAUUAAGAUCCAAUACCGCAAGAAAUCGCUCCUGAUCCACCCCGAUAAGACAAAGAACCCCGCCGCACCUGACGCAUUCGACCGCCUGAAGAAAGCGCACACAACCUUACUAGAAGAAAAGUCCCGGACCUAUCUAGAUGAAUGUAUUGCGGAUGCGCGACGCCUCCUGAUCCGCGAACACAAAUACACGCUUGACUCGCCCGAGCUGAAGACUGAAGAGUUCAAGAAGGAAUGGCGUCAGAAAACAGUCCAGGUGCUUCUGGAAGAAGAGGCGCGCCGACGGCGACAGGCCAAGGCCAAGCUACAGGAAGAAGGACGGGAACGACGCAAAGAAGAGGAAGAGAUUGAGGAGCGCAAACGAAAACGGGACCAAGAUAAGGCAUGGGAGGACAGUCGUGACGAGCGAAUUGGCAGUUGGCGUGACUUCCAGAAGGGACAGAAGAAGGGGGACAGUGAUAAGAAGAAAAAGAAGAAAAUGAAGCGAACGAAAGCUGAUAAGAAAGCGGUCAAAAACGGUUGGAUUGCGGGGGCGCGGGGGCGCUUCUUGUCGUUUAUUCGCUUUUUGUCUGCGAUGGCCGGCGCAACUAGAACAUUCUCUCUCCGACCUAAUCCUUUCUCUCUCCAUCGCCAUCUCCAUCUCCUCCCCCUCCUCUCCAUCCUCCUCAUCUGCAUUCCUUCCUCGGGACACAAGAUGACAGACUCUGUUGUCACCACCCCGUCAGAUCCUCUUCUCUCCCAUGCAAAUGACAUUGUAAUCAAACCCAUGUCUCCGUCCCUUCCUUCCCCCCACCACCAAGAUGAAGUACAACAUCAACAAGACCAGGAAUCUCAAUCCCAGUUCCCCCCUCACCCAGCAGCCGCCUCUCUCUCCUCCAUAAUUGCCUACUGCCACAACAAAGUCCACGCGUUCCUCUCCGAAUCCCACCCUCCCAACUCCGUCCUCGCCGCCGUCCAAUCCCAGACCCGCAUCUCGCUCGAGGUCGUCGCAACCGCUCUCUCCCGCUACUCCCUCGCGGGCCUCUCCCUCUCCUACAACGGCGGCAAAGAUUGUCUCGUCCUCUUGAUCCUCUUCCUCGCCAGUCUCCACCCUCAUCCACCCCCCGAAGAUGGCGGCGGCCUCGACGCCAUCCCGGCCAUCUACGCCCUCCCACCAGACUCUUUCCCCGCCGUGGACGAUUUCGUCCAAUGGUCCUCGCGCGUUUAUCAUCUCGCCAUGAUCAAAUAUACGACCAACCCCCCGCAGACCACCCUCCGCUCCAGCUUCGAGAAUUAUCUUGCCCGCAACCCUUCCGUCAAGGCUAUCUUUGUCGGAACCCGCCGAACGGAUCCGCACGGCGCUACUCUCACCCAUUUCGAUCGCACGGAUCAUGGCUGGCCCGAUUUCGUCCGCAUUCACCCCGUCAUCGACUGGCAUUAUGCUGAGAUCUGGGCGUUCAUUCGUCACCUCGAUCUCGAGUAUUGCCCUCUCUACGACCAGGGUUAUACGAGUCUGGGUGGCACGACGGAUACCCUCCCCAACCCGAAGCUUCGGCUUCAUCGCACCCAGGACCCCGCGGUCUCUGCUCAGAGUUAUCGCCCGGCCUAUGAGUUGACUGAGGAUGACCAAGAGCGACUGGGCCGUCAUUAA